AUAUCGCUAUAGAUCUUAGAAUUGUUCAAAGAUUAAGAAAAAAAGAAUGACAACACCACGGGCAAUAGCAAUCCUUGUUCUCAGAAUCUUUUCAAUGUUGUUGUGCGCAGCUUCCGUGCCGCUCAUGAUUACCAACAGUUUCACGCUUAGUGGUGGCGAAAAAACAAAAUACAGUGACAUUAGGGGUUAUAGGUAUGUCGUAUCAGCCGCUAUGGGUGGAUUUUUGUACUCAUUGAUUCAGCUGCCCUUCGCAAUGUAUUAUGCCUUCACAGGAAAAAAGGUUAUUAAGGGAAGGUUCCUGGGCAUGUUGGAUUUCUACGCAGAUAAGAUGAUAACAUUCUACUUGGCAAGUGGACUUGGUGUGGGAUUUGGUGUCAGUUCUGAACUCAAACGUUUCAUAAAUGGAUUUGUGGAUACUAUUGAAACAUCAGGGAUUGAUACAUUCGAAGAGUUAAGGACCGAGAGCAAAAAAUUCUUUGACAGGGGUACUUUAGCAACAACUCCCCUUUUGGCAGGAUUUACAACCAUGGCUGUUCUCACCAUUAUUACUUCCUUCCACCGCAAAUGAAGAAACUUUUGGGUCAACA